AUGACUGAGGCUUCGGCCAACUUCACGCGGCAUUCGCGAGCCUUCUCGGCCAGCGCCCGCAACGCCCUGGGCCACCAACCAUCUAUGGGCCGGGACGCGGCCACAAUACUCGUCAUUGAGACGCAGCUGCGUCAACUGAGCGUGGAGCACAGCGAGAGAUUUAUGAAAGUUCAGGGGACGAAGAAACACGUGGAGGAUGGGCACCGGCGCCAGACGCUGGAAGAGGAAGAGGAGGGGUUGGUGGAGAAGGAUGCCGUUGUGGUGGAGGACAAGGACGAGGACGAGGGGAGAUCAGGGGUUCUGUUGCAGGGGGUGGGAUGGGCGAAGGAGCCAACGCGAAUACCUAAACGGCAAUGGUGA